AUGGAUCUCGCAUACGACCAUAUCCAGGAAGAAGCCUACACUAAGAAUACCGAGGAGUCGGGGGAAAGCUCGAAGCAGGACGAGUCGCAGAAUUCUCUGAACAAUGAUAUCCAGGAAGCUUACAAGGCUAUAUCCGCAAGCCCAUGGGGUGCCAAGAUUGGAGGAUUCUUUGGAAAUGUGAUCAAACAGGGCGAAUCAGUCUACACCCAAGCUUCAAAGGAGUUUGCAGAGGUCGGCGAAGAUGCGCAAAAGGGAUUUACUAGCCUGCGAGAAACCAUUGUCAAUAGGACUCGCUCGCUCUCCCUAACUACCAUCAUCCCCGAUAUGUCUGCUAGCAACGAUGCCGAGGAAAGCCAGAGGACACCAACCAACGCAACGGCGCCGGCGACUGGAGAAGAGUCCGAGAAUGUGCUUACGCGACUAAGGGCCGAGGCCGGAAAGCGGUUGAAGGAUCUUCAGCGCGCUGAGGAUGCCGCAGACGAAGCUUUGCUUAAAUUUGGAAGCAACAUCCGAGAUUUCCUGCGAGAUGCGAUUAGCGUUGCACCUCCAGAUGAGUCGGCCGAAAACAACCAAGUCAUGUUUGAGAGCAAGGAUGCCCAGGGAAAAAGGGUGAUUCACACUUCGAGAUUCGACGCACAGCUUCACGUUAUCCACACAUCGACAGAGAGCUUUACCAAAGACCCAUCUGCUGAGGAAUACGAACAAUGGACUGAGGGCUUUGAUAUUGAUAAGAAGACGGAGGACAUCAGUGGCGACUUGGCAAAGUAUCCAGAGCUGCGCGCAACUAUGGAGAAGCUUGUGCCCGACCAGAUUCCUUACGCCGACUUCUGGAAGAGAUAUUACUUCCUGCGUCACGGAAUCGAGACAGCUGAAACUCGCCGAAGAGAUCUCCUUAAAGCUGCAUCCGCUGAAGAUGAAGUAGCCUGGGAUGACGAUGACUCGGAACAUUCGGAGGAAGAUUCGGAGGAGGAUGACGAAGAAUCCGAGAAGCCUGCUCCCACCAAGAAGUCGAUUGCCGAGGUUAAGGGAAAGAGGCCCGAGUCUAUUGCUUCGUCAACUACAAUCCAGCCGCCGAAAGCUGAUGAGUCUAGGAAAUCCAACGAUGAAAAAUCCGAAGCCGAAACCGAUGCCAGCUAUGAUGUUGUCGGCGCGGCCUCGGGAAAGACAAGCCAGCUACCUACGCAGACGCCAAAUAGUCCCAAAGACCCCAAGAAAAAGGGGAAGAGCGAUGAUAGUGAGGAGGAUGAUAGCGAUGAGGAUAGCGAGGGCGAAGACAGCGACGAAGACUGGGAGUAA